UUUUCUAAUUCUUAUGAAGAGUUUCCUUGAGACUUUCCCGAGGCAGACAAUUUUCCCGCCUGCUCGUCAGUCUUGUUUGGGACUCACAUUCAGAUUCUACGUGCAACUCGUGCGGUGAUGACAACUUGUCCAAAUAAUUUACGUCCGGCCAUCAGAAUAUUAUUUUAGUUUACGAAAUUCUCGUGGGUGCCAAGUGCAUUUCACCUACAUAUUUUUGUUUAUGGAAAAAAUAUCAAAACAAACGUAAUGAUUAAAAAUAUCUUGGUGAAAAACGUCUGAAAAGUUGAAUUCUCAUAACUAGAUGGAAGAUACGUUAUGGGGCCAAGUGUUUGAUUUCGUUCUAAUUUUUGCUCCAAUUCUCAGUGGAUGUGAAUUUUCAUAAUUGAAAAAAUAUUUAUUCCGUGAGAAGUAUCAAGUGACGACUGAUAAAUAUAAAUAUAUAAAACAAACACAAAUAAAUUUUAUGUGAGUUGGUUCACUAAAAGUUCGCUUCGUUGGAACUCCUUUGAUAAAACAAUAAAGAACAACAGCAAAAUGAUGAAGGCGGUUUUCUAUUUUGGAUUAAUAUUCACUGCUGCCAGCAUAACAUUUUCGGGUGCGGUGGACAUAACAAAUUUCCAAGUUCCCAAUUCAUAUAUAUUAGACGAUGACAAAACAAAGCCCUUAAUUUUGGAUUGUGCAUACGAUAUCUCACCAAACGAAACUGGGUUAGUAGUUAAAUGGCUCUUUAAUGGUCUAAAUAUCUACCAAUGGAUAAUAAAUCAAAAACCCUUCGCACUGGGCGUUAUGAAGAAACACAUCGACACCACCUACUCGCCUUCUUCCGAAAAGAAUGAUCAAUACCGAGCCAUUUCAAUUACUAAUCCUCAAUGGAAUAUGACCGGUAACUAUACAUGUUCGGUACAAACAUUUCAGGGUGUGUCCAAAAAAACAUCCGAAUUGAAGAUUAUAAAACCUGAAAGUGACUUCAAAUUAGCAGCUGAAGUCGACAAAGAAUUGGAUGAUUUGGAUGUAACCUGUAGUGUCGAGGAUAUAUUCCCUCCACCACAUUUGGCCAUACUAAUAAACGGGGUCCAACUUAGUACCGAAAUAAAAGCGGAAAAGGAUACCAAGGGUCCCUUUGAUGUUACGGCUACCUCGAAAAAAGCCUUGGAUGAAAUUGAAUCUCCCGCUACAGUAACAUGUAUUCUAACGAUCCCUGGCACAGAUUAUGAAAAGAGAGAAGAAACUGUUUUCAGUGCGCCAGCUCCAGUGGAAACUGAGUUCCUUGAGAGAACCGAAAUUGACAUUGACUUCGAACAACCAUUGGCUAACAUGGAGUCAACUUCAGAACAAUUGGAGGGCAACGCGAGUUGUUUGCAUCCGUUGACGUUACUCAGCGUUGUAUCAAUUUUCGCGGCGAUAUUUUUCUCGUAGUUAAGCGUAAGACUGCAUACAAUGCAAUUCGAUUAAGUAUCCGAUGAUUUCAAAACCAAAGUAAAACUAAUUAAGUUCCCCAUAUCAAAAUAAUUUCCUUGCAAUUGACAUAUAUUUAUAUGUUUUAAAUAUGCUUGCAUUCGCCAGAGAAUGUUUUGAUUUUGAAUGAUAUUUAUUUGCACUAUUAAUAUUUAAACUAAACUGUCAUUAGUAGCAAUAAAGACUACUGAAAAUUGAGUUGCCUUAUCUAUGAAGAAACCACCAAAUUGUAUCUUUAAGAAGAGAGAACUAAAUUGUUCCGUAAUUGUAUAUACGUACUAGAGUUUUGUACAUAACUUGUGAGCAAGUUUGAUUUUGACUAAUUGCAGAGAGAUGUGAAUAUACGAUUGUAUAACAGAAAUGUUCGUUAGAUGAAUAAAAAAUUCUGCUUUUCAAAACA